AUGUCAUCCAACAUUGCCAACCAAGGCUCCGUCAACUCGGACGCCUUGUCCGCACCAUUCUCUCUCGCGCAACCGGGUCAAGAUUCUCAAGCACGCCUCCGGAUUUUCAACGCCGACAACCAACUUGAAAGCGGAAGCGUUCAUCGAAUCGGGUCUCCUCAGGGACAAAAGAAUCGUACUCAACGCGUGAGCGCCGUCAUUGCAGACGUCGAACAGCUCGUCCCUUACGGGGUCGAUGUCGCACCCGUUCAAGGGCAAGCCAACAACGACCAGACGCCAGACCUUCGAGGCGUCGGCGAACAAUUCUCCGUAAUACCCAGCAACGCAUCCAGUGACUGA